ACACAUUCCAGUAUCCAGAACAAGCGCAGUUUACUCCUCCUGUCUUUCAUCUGCCCAGCAAUCUGCAUCAGAACCCCAACAAUUGUAUAGUGUUGGGUGCCCUGGGUUGCCAUGGCAACAAACAAAACCCCACCCUUUCAUCCUAAAAGAAGCACAGGUUUGGCCCUGGUGGACCACUAAGAGAGGUCCUUCUCAGAUGCUCCCUGGCCUCCUGGGAACCUGAGCUAAAGCCGCGUUGGAGGCAGACAACAUUGGCUGCUCUGGUUUAGGAAGAAGAGCCUUCUCCUUCUCCACCUGGCUCCUGAUUUCCCAUCAGCACUGGAGGAUCUACUGCUACCCACAGGCUUCCUGACUUCAGAGCCAGAGAGUGAGAUCUCCAGAAGAGUCCCACAGAUUCAGCAGAGGCUGUGUGGUACAGACCUUCAUGAGCCGGCACCAGGCAGCCCUGCUGGGUCUAGGCCUGUUGCUCAUGCUUCUCCUGUAUGUGGGGCUGCCUGGCCCGCCUGAGCAGACUUCCCAGCUCUGGAGAGGCCCCAAUGUCACAGUCCUGGCUGGUCUCACCCGAGGCCACUCUCAAAUCUUUUACCGUGAGGUGCUGCCUCUCCAGCAAACACACAGGGCGGAAGUGGUGUUUCUCCAUGGAAAGGCAUUUAAUUCCCACAUAUGGGAGCAGUUGGGUACGCUGCAGCUACUGUCAAAGAGGGGCUACCGGGCCGUGGCCAUUGACCUUCCAGGUUUUGGGAACUCAGCGCCUUCCAAGGAAGCAAGCACAGAGGCAGGGCGAGCGAAGCUGCUGAGGCAGGUGCUGCGGGACCUGGAGGUGCAGAACGCCGUAUUGGUGAGCCCCUCGAUGAGUGGCAGCUACGCCCUGCCCUUCUUGAUGCGAAGCCACCACCAGCUCCGUGGAUUUGUGCCCAUUGCGCCCACUUCCACACGGAAUUACACGCAGGAGCAAUUCUGGGCUGUGAAGACCCCAACUCUGAUCAUGUAUGGGGAACUGGACCACACGUUGGCACGAGAGUCACUUCAGCAUCUCCACCACCUGCCCAACCACUCCGUGGUGAAGCUCUACAAAGCGGGCCAUGCCUGCUACCUCCACAGUCCAGAAGCCUUCCACCACGCCCUUCUUGAGUUUCUUGACCAUUUGCCUUGAGUGGACUCACUUCUCAGAACUGACCCUGAACAGUCUAGACCCUCUCUCCUCUUCCAGGGAGGCUGGCCCUGAGUGGGAUUGGGAACAGAGGGUCAAGCCCAGCCAGGACCUUUGAUUCCAUUUCACAGGCACAAUAAAGAAAAGCCCUUUUGUCUCGC